GUCGAGUCGCAAUCCACGCAACUCCAAGCCGAACUAAAAGAGACCGAGAAGAAGGCCCGCCGCAUCGAGAUCGCGCUGGGCCUCAAGCCGUUGUGGACCGAGCGCGAGCGCGUCAUCGAGCAACGCCGCCAGUACGACGGACUGCCGGACCUCGGCGAUAAGCCGCUGGUGAAGCUCGACGAGCUCAACGAGAAGGCCCAGGACCACGCCCGCCAGCGGCACACGCUCCGCGGCCAGCGGCGCGAGCUGCACAAAGAGAUGAAGGAGCUGGGCGUCAACGAGGCGCUGAUGCGCAGCUGCUGCCGGCUCGACGCGCUGGCCGAACAGACCGACUGGCUCGACGCGCUCGAACGGCAAGGCGCGGAGUUGGGCGAAGAGGUCGAACGCCUCGACGCCCGCGUCGAAUCGGAGACGGCGCGCCUCGCCAAGCUCUGGCGGCACAAGCCAUCGCCCGAAGCGGCGCCGGAGCUUGAUGACGACACGCUCGAAACGCUCAAGCCGAUCAUCGAGUCGGUGCGCGACGCCGAGAAGCUGGUCUCCGACGCCAAGAAGGAGCUCGACGCGCUCCGUGGCCACGAACGCAACUACGACGCGCAGCUCGAGGGCGCGCUCACGUCGAGUGAGAAGCUCGGCCUGCCGAGCAACAUCGAAGACGCCGGCGAACUGGUGGCGACCCUACGCCGCCGCCUCAAGGCCGAGCAGAAGGUCGAACAAUCGCGGCGCACCGUCGCCGACCUCGAAGACCAAGAGGCCCGGCUCAUCGAACGCCAGGUGCUGCCGAUCGAGUUGUUCCUGCUGCUGACCGCGGCGUUCGCAGCGGCGGUCGUGGUGGUCUUCUGGGGCUGGGUCGCGCCGGCCGACACGAGCUGGAUCGCCAAGGCGACGCAGCUCGACACCUGUCGCCAACAGCUCGACGCGGCGAAGCGGGAAGUCCAGGCCACGCUUAUAGAGCAGGACGUGCUCGACGAGGACCUGCCGCUCAAGGACGGCUCGGUCGUCGUUCGCUUGCAGCACGCCGAGAAGCACCUCGAAGAGCUCGAGCGGAUGCUGCCGGUCGAGGCCGAGCGCCGCAAGGCGAAUCAGCGGACCGCCAGCGCUGAGGAGUUCUAUCGCUCGGCGAAGGAAGACCUCGCCAAGGCCGAGAAGGAGUGGCGCGUCGCGCUCAAGACGGUGGGCCUCCCCGACGAAACGACCGCCAGUGAGAUCGAGAAGCUCGCCGGCCAGUACCGCGCGUUGUUCGAGCUCCGCAGCAAGGCCGAGGUCAAGCAGGAAGAGAUCGAGCGUUGCGAGCGUGAGCAUGAGAAGCUCGGCAAGCGGAUCGUCGCGCUGGCCGAAGAAGCAAACCUC